AUGCAGGAAUUGGAAGCACGUGCAGCUGCCCAAGCCCGUGAUGACGAGAUUGCAAACAGUGAAACACAGCCGGGGAUCUUGGAGACUGACAAUGUUGCAGAAGCACCUCAGAAGCCUGCCCCUGAACCAGUUCUUCCUGGCAAAGCUGAAACUGAAGCUGGCACUUGCCCGGAAAAGGAGGUGGAACCCGGUACCGACAUGGAUACUCGCAGUGCUGGUUUGAACCAGAAGAAGAAGAAAGCCCGGCGACCCCUGAGCAGAAGGGAACUGUUGCAGAACGCAGCCAAGAUGCGCAUCAGGCGCAUGAUAGCCCCGAAGAAAAAAAGGUCAGACCUUCAGGUACCGGCCAUGGUGAAAGAGCAGUGGGACAAGGGAAGAGAGGAGAAGAACGAAAUGGCACAGCUUUUGAUGGACACCAAUUGGUGCAAGGACCUUUUCUUGACACAGUUGGAGCUAGUGAUCAAGAAAAAGCUGAAGGUGAAGAUCACUCGCAACGAAGGCUGGUUCUCAGAGAGCGAGCUUCGAAUGGAGCUGAAAUGGACACCGGGACGAAUUGCUGGUGUCAAGAAGGUGUGCGAGCAGUCACCUGAUACACAUAUCAGGAGCAACCGCUAUGAUGGGGUGCUGGAGUACUGGGUCAUUGUCAAAGAGGCUGCAGAACACACUGAGAGCCUGACGCAGGAAGAAAUCCAUCGCCAGAAGAAGAAGGUGGAUGAUUCUGCCAUGCCGAAGAUGGACCAGGCAGGCUUCCAGAAGUUGGAGGAUCAGAAGCGUCGAGACGAUGCUUCAGCUGAAGCAAAAGGUCCCGACAGGGUUGCAGCUGAAGUGGAGCAACGAGCUGUCUUGAAGCGCUUCAUUGACAGCCUUCUGAGUAAGAUGAACAAACUCAGAACCCUCAUUCGGGAUUUGAAGACCAACUAUUCUGAUGAUCCAACAGUGCCCAUCAAGAGCUUGGAGGACAACCUGGGAAACAUGGAUGCCCAGUAUGAGAUGCUCAACGAGCAUUGGGCAGUCGGUGAACAUCUUGAUGAAAAGGCAUCGAAAACGUGGUGGGCCCAAGCUGAGAAGAAGAUGAAGGAAACAAGCGUGGUGUCUUCGCGUGCAUUGGCUGCUGAGCUCAAAGCUCGGAGCGGCAAGAAGUUCUUCCAGAAGACCAAGCCUGAAACUAACCUAGAGACUGGGGAGCCGCAUCCUGAGCCUAAGCGUAAGGCAGCUGAUGUGCCAAAGGGCUCUAAGCCUGCUAAGAAGGCUAAGAAGUCUAAGAAAUGAAAUGCACUGGUCAUUUUGACUUGCAAAGUACCGUGUCAUGAUGACAGGUUCAAAACCUGUUGUUUUCGGAUGUGGGCGGAGGACGUGUCGUCACCGCAAUCAGCUUUUGACAUGUUUGCCAUAGGUCAUGGGGAUGCUAUCAAUUUUGGGAUGUAGCUUUCCCAUUCUUGACCGUGAUGGGUUCAUGAUCUGUGAACGCUAGACUAGAUGCAACUGACAUCAUGUGAG